AAGAAUCUACUACCUCUUCUCUCUCCUACUCAUAAGUUCCAUGUCUUGCCAAAUAACAUUCACAUGUCUUUGUUUCUUGUGAAAAAGAUAAAUCAUUUCCAACUUUUUGCUUGAAGUUGGUUCUCCACUAGCAGCUACCACUCUUUAUCCUCACAGUAAACUCAUCUUCUUCUAGGAGCCAAUGCCCCUGAAAGCAAAGCUGUAGCUGCAUAUCAUAAAGAGACCAUUCAGAAGCUUCCCUUCAAUUUUUCUAAACUUGGCCAUGAAUCUCAUAACUCUCUUGCUUUUUUUACCUUUGUUUACACAGUUUUUGGUAGUUGAGCCUGCAAGACCCAAGCUACCAGGGAAACCAAGGUUUCCAAUCUCCCAAAUCAGUGUGAUGGGUUUUGUUUAUUGUGAUUUCUGCUCCAACAACAGCUUUUCCAGACACAGUUACUUCUUGUCAGGUGCUGAGGUCAGAAUAGAUUGCAUGUUCAAGGCACUCUCAGACGAAACCACAGAACAGAUUUCACUUUCAGUGAACAGAACAACAAAUAAGUAUGGGUUGUACAGGCUGGAAAUACCAUCAGUUGAUGGGGUGAGAUGUGCUGAAGAUUCUGAAGUUGUGUCUUCCUGCAAGGCAAGCUUAAUAGGGAGUUCAACCUCUUCUUGCAAUGUUCCUGGCUACAGAAGCACUUCUAAUGUGAUAGCAAUCAAAGCAAGAAGAGACAAUCUCUGCAUAUAUAGCCUUAAUGCUUUGACUUUCAGACCUCCCAAGAGGGACAUCACUUUAUGUGGUAAUUAAAUGGAGUAGCUUGCACAAGUAGCACAGGACUUGGCUACUUGUGUAUACAUAUAAAUUCCAAGAAACUAAAAACUCUUAUAUGUUCUCUUUUUCUUGCCUAUCAAGAGCAUAGAUCUCUCUGUUCAUUGUUUCACUGCAUUAUUUGUUUGGUAAUACUAUUAUCAUAUCAUGCUAUGCUAAAAAGAAUAUCAUGCAAGUAGAGUUUGG